AUGUCGGUGGCGUCGUUCCUGCGACGACGCUUUUCGAUGGACGCACACAGCGGGUCAGCUUCUCAGAAGCAAGCGCCGUGCUCGACUGCGACGAGGCCUUUGAGAGAUUCAACUUGGGAGCCGUCGUCCAGCGACUUGCGUUCGCCGCGACUCGUGGGCGCCUCAUCGCGACGAAGUCGUAUAGCAGCCUCUCUCGACUCGGCGCGAAGGCGUUUCUCUCUGCAGCCCUCAACGCCGCCUGUUGUUGAUUACCACCAACACAUGCAGAGCAUCGCGUUGCGCGAGAAACAUGCCCACGACGUUGGAAGUCUGCCAGAUUUGCAGCAUGAGGUUUCUAGUACUAUUUUUUCACAAGAUUAAGCACCGUGAUGUGUUGUUCGGACUCAUUUUACAAUCAGAAAGCUGCACCAACGCGUUAAAAAUGUUGCCCUGAGUCACAGCGGUAACGUUAUGAAAGAGCUAGGAAAAGCGCUCAGAAACACUGGCAAUACACACUGUUAUUACUUAUUCAACAAAAAAAAUUUAGAAAUCUGUGGUUAUACCUCAAGCUGAGAGUAACAAGCUUCAGACUUGAAAAAAAUUUUUAAACGUUGAAAUUGAGACAAAGGAGGAAUUUUUACUUAUCGGUUGCAAAUUUAUUUUUAAUUGACUAAAAUACUCUUUGAUGUAUCAGAAAAAUAUCCCAAAAAUCUCAACCUACGACAUUUUAAGAGAAAUCAGGGCGCAGAGCCCCAAAAUCGCCUGAUUUUUAGUGGUUUUUUUUUACUUUGAGGUGUCCUUUCUCGAAAACGAAUGUUUUGCAGAUUGAGAAUUUCAGGAUUCUUUUCGGUUACAUCAAUGGUCUUUCUGGUAAAUUAUCAGAAAUCUCCCAAUCUUCAAUUCAAAUGACCUCCCUUAUAGGUAGGUGCCGCAAAGCAGUUAUUGAAUCUUAUCCGAUCGCUUCGAUUUCGAUAUCAUUUCAUUUCUAGUGGUCCCCAUUAGCCAACUCAAAAAAAUCUCGAUGAAAAGUUGACGCAGAGCUGAGAAACGUCAAGAAAAGCGCGCGACUUUAGAACGCUUUUUGCACUGAAUCGUGUUCCGCAAUUAACAAGUGAGAGGGGCCUAUUACGCCUCUUUUGCAGAAGGAGCGCGCUUCCAUUUUUCAGUGAAAAGUUUGAAACAGGAUUCUGAAUGAAAUAAUUUUUAAAAAUUGAGUUAAUCAGUAACUUCCACUUAAUUACUUUUUCGGAAUAUUGAAUCUUUUUAACCGUAUUAAACUUCUAUAAGCUAAAAAAAUUCUGUAAUUAUAAAUCUAAAUACGUCUUGGAUGAAUUUUUAGAUUGACUUGAAAUUUAAAAAAAAGCUGUGAAGUAUUCUUUUUUUAAUACAAAAAAACGUAUUCAUAAGAAGUUCGUAAAUACUGACGGCUCAUUGUGUGCAUGCACCUGCGCCCAAAACUGCAUAUAUUAUAAAAAUAUUUUUAAUAAAAAUUUGAUAGUUUUUUUGAAUUUAUGUGAACUUAGGUAAGCUUUAUUUGUCAUUUUCGGGUUUAUAAAGAUGGGGAAGUGACCUAGCAACACUUUUUUUCGUGGUAUAAUAAACUCCAAUCAAGUUUGAACGCAAACGAAAAUUUGAAAAAGAAACACGUUUUUUUGAAGGUCUUUUUUUCAUUAUUUUUUAAGCUAACAAAUGUGCGAUAUAUUUUCGUUUUUUUAUGGUCUUUUUGAUAAUGACCUCAAAUAGUUUCUGAAGGGAUAAUUUCAUCAUAAUAAUUGACACUUGUUAUGGACUCAAAUAUAACUUUUUAAAAAAAUUUAAAAAGUUUUUCUCAUUUUUUUCCUCUUUAUAUGGUUUUUAUGUGUUCUAAAAAGUCAUAAAUAAAAAAAUCGAUGGGUCGUCGCUGAAAAACUCGAGUUUCUGAAAAAUUUGUGUUAGAGCGUUUUUCGUUACGUUUUGAAUAUAAAUUUGGAAUCUACGUCAUUAAUUAUGUCAUAUCGCAUCGUCCUUUUUGUCCAUAAAAGCCGCGCGCGAAAUAAGAAAAGAAAACAAAUAAACUGAGCAAAAAAAACGCUCGCAGCAGGUGGGCGUGGCUUUGCGGUCCCUAUUGGGUCAAAAUCGAUUAAUGAACGAAUGAAAAAAAUUUACAAAUUGUGGAAUGUCAAAAAAAUAUUACAAGAGACAGUUAACAAGUACAGUGAUGCAAUUGGUGAUUGGUGUUAUUUGAAAACCCUUACUUGAAGGUUGUAUUCAUUUUGAAUGAAAAAAAGAUUUUUUUACUAGAUAUUGACUGUAUUUCAGCGACCCAACGGAGGAGCACGGUCGCCACAAGCCAAACGAGUGUCGGUCGUCGCCGGGGGUGAUCGCGCUAUUUUCCCGCACAAGCAACGCAAACAUCACUCGUUUUCUAAGGUAUUUUUUUGUGCGUUUUUAAAAUUCGCGCGUGAAACUCACCGUAAAAACGCAUAUCUUGCGAUCGUUGUAAGAUACAUUUUUUCUGCGCCCUUCCUCGCCUACUUCCCGAAAUCACACAGGCGAAUCAAAAAGGUACCAUCAUGGGUCCACAAAGGUACUUCUCAAAAUGGAUUGUGAAGGCCCCAUAA